AUGCCGCACAUUGCGCACAAUUUUACACAAUUUCGCACAGUUACGCACAGUUAUACAAAGUUAUAUAAAUCAAGCUCAAAAAGGCAAGCAAAACAGUCCGAAUCUCAUGGUGAAGCUUCAUCUAGUGAAAGACCAGAUUUAACAAAACCAUCUGAAGUAAAACGUCGCAAAACUAGAAAUAGCCCUGAUCUAAAAUGGAUAGAUAAUGGAAAUAGUGCAUAG